AUGGUUGGAUUGACGAAAAACACCGUUGGACGUGUGUUUGCCACGCUCCGCUUCAUUUGUAAGACAGAUAUAGAAGAUAGACCAGUCACCCCAUUUGGCGGGCGUGUGUACGUGGUCAAGUGUGACGAAAGUCAAUUCGAGCACAAAUCGAAGUAUCAAAGAGGUCGCAGGGCCAGCGAUGAAGUGUGGGUGUUUGGCUUGAUCUCUACGGAACACAGUCCUUGUCGGGGCUACUUUCAAGUUGUGAGGAGAAGAGACCGCCGAACAUUGUCCAAUAUUCUUCAAAGGGUCCUCCUGCUUGGGAGAGUAGUGCACACUGACGACUGGGCUGCGUACAGGAACCUUCAUCUGUACGUUCCUAAC